AUCCGCGUUUCUUGACCGCCAACGAACUGGAAGUGAUUAAUUACUUUUAUUCCUGAAUAACUAGCCAUAAUGGCAGGCAGUGACUCGAUAGCUGGAUCUGAUAAGAAGAUCGAUACAGCAGUGGAUAAUCCUACUAAUGAUGCAAGUGAUGAGGAAGAUGUCUUUCACGAUGCGCGGUUCCCCGCUGAGGAGGAAGCUCGCCUAUUAGAAGAAUCUCAUAGUAUUAAACUAGAAGCUAACCAGCUGUUUACCUCUGCCUGCUAUGACCAAGCUAUCUCCUGCUACGAUCGUGCCCUCGCCUCAUGUCCAAAUUACCUUGACUACGAAGUGGCUGUCCUGCGAAGCAAUAUUUCUGCUUGCUAUCUGAAGCUAAAGGAUUGGAAAGCGGCCGUUGAUUCUGCGACUGCAUCUAUCGAGUGCUUGGACAAGGUGGUUCCCCCGCCAGCGCAGCAGACUGCAGACCACUCCAAGGAUGAGCUGCCAGCCGCAGGGCAUCAGGAUGGAGGUGACACUGUGGUGGAAAUAACCGGUGAUGAUGAGGAGGCGGAAAAGGAGGAGCUCGAGCGCCUGAAAAGGCUUGAUGAAAGGAGACGGGACGUCCUACGAAUACGAGCGAAAGCGCUUAUGAGGCGGGCACGGGCGAAGACUCAACUCGGAGGCUGGGGCAAUCUUCAGGGCGCCGAAGAAGACUACAAGGCUCUGGCCGACAUGGAGAAUCUACCACCGGAGGAUAGGCGGAUUGUGCAGACAAGUCUUCGCGAGCUGCCCCAGAAGAUCAAAGAGGCACGGGAAAUGGAAAUGGGAGAGAUGAUGGGCAAACUCAAGGAGCUGGGCAAUGGCAUUCUGAAGCCUUUCGGACUAUCAACUGAGAAUUUUAAAUUCGUCCAAGACCCAAAGACCGGCGGAUAUAGUAUGAACUUCCAGUCAUGAUAAACGGGUUGUAUUUUCUAGCCUUGAGAUAGGGAGGGUAUCAACCUUUCGUCACUCCAUCGACCGGGAGGCUGCUGUCAGUUUGGCCUGUAUCAUAAUAGAACUGCUGGUUCCUCUGGUGUCUUGUUGAACAACAACUCAAAGGGCAAGACGUUGAAACGAUAUUCCC